AUGAAAUGCAAAUUGUUUUCUCAGCUUUGGCUGGUAUUGGAACUCUCUGUUUGCUGUUACACCUAUGACCAGACUUCAUUGCCUGAUAUAGAAGAUCAGCAGUUUAUAGAGGACUGUGUGAAAACUCACAAUUAUUUUCGGUCCAGGGUGAACCCCUCAGCCAGCAACAUGCAGCAUAUGACCUGGGACUCUGCAUUGGCAAAGACUGCCAAAGCAUGGGCAAAGAAGUGCCACUUUGAUCAUAAUGUCUGUCUCAAAACUCCAGGGAAAGUUCACCCUAAGUUUACGCCUGUUGGAGAAAAUAUCUGGACUGGCUCACUAUCUCUGUUCUCUGUAAAAUCAGCAGUACAAAAUUGGUAUAAUGAAGUCAAUUACUACAACUUCUGGAGCACAGCAUGUACAAAAGUUUGUGGUCAUUAUACACAGGUUGUUUGGGCAACUAGUUACAAAGUUGGCUGUGCUGUUCAGUUCUGCCAGAGAGUUUCGGGUUUUGAAAGUCUCUCCAAUGGAGCACAUUUUGUGUGCAACUACGGACCAGGUGGCAAUUAUCCUGUGAAACCUUAUAAAACUGGAAGCCCCUGCAGUGAAUGUAACGGAGAAAAGUGUACAGAUAAUCUCUGUGGUUACUCCAACUGGUCGCCAGAUUGCGACAUACCUGAGCAUGGGCCAAAGUCCCCAACCAAAGCUCCUUCCAUUCCACCACAACCCAUUACUUCACACCCUACCAGACUCAGGCCACCAUAUUCUGCUCCUUUGCCCCCCAGUGCUCCUAUUCCAUCGGCAUGUGACUCAUACUGUAUUACUGUGCUAGUACUGAGAUUAUUGUUUAUAUUAUUGACUUUUGGUGUUGUAGCCCUGUUAUACAAGAAAUACCCCCAAAUGUUUGUAUAUGAAUAAUCUCUCUGAUUUGUAUGUGACCUCUAAUGCAUUUUUCAAAUCUUUUCAGACUUUAAGCUUUAAAAAUGAGUUC